AUGUCACCAUUAGAUCGAUAUAAUAAAAUAAAACAAUGUAAACUCUGUAUAAAUUGUUUAGCAGCUAAACAUAAGGUGCAAGAAUGCACGAGCUCAUACACGUGUCGAAAAUGUAAACAGAAACACUAUUCAUUGCUUCAUCGCGAUAACUCGAAUACUAACACAACACAAUAUAAAUCGGAAAAGGAACAUGAAUUAGAGUCUAACAAUAAUGAAACAGAAUGCAAAAACGUUAAAACACAUUUUUUAUCCACAAAUAAAAUUGUGCCAAAAACAGUUUUACUCGCGACAGUUCAAUUAAUGGUUACGUCAAAUAAUAAAAAAAUUCAAGCUCGUGCAUUGUUAGACCAAGGUUCAACAUUUUCCUUCAUAUCAAAUAAAUUAGCAACUGCUUUAAACGCGAAACGAAAUCGAGUGUCCGCAACGCUGUCAGGUUUAAGUGGAACGUCAGCAGGAACAGCAUCAUCAGCUGUUGAUAUAAAUCUCAUGCCAAUCCACUCUGAAAAUCCCGUCUUUCAAACUGAAGCAUUAGUCCUUCCUAAAAUCACAUCUUAUAUCCCUGAAAAAAGAAUUGCGUUAAAUAGAUGGCCUCACUUAGCAAAUCUCGCGUUAUCAGACGAUCCAUCAAAUGAAUCAGAGAUACAUAUGCUCAUAGGUGUCGACCUUUACGGAGCAAUAAUUUUAGGUGAAAUAAAAAAAGGAAAUGCGGAUGAACCAAUAGCACAAAAAAUAGUAUUUGGCUGGGUGUUAUCAGGGCCGAUUUCGUCUACAGUCACAGAUAAUGAUCCACUUAUUUCGGUACAUCAUUGUCUGUCACUCAAACAAUUAAAUUCCACAAUCACAAAAUUUUGGGAUGAUGAAAAUAUUCCUGAUAAAAAACUAUUAUCUCCUGAAGAUGAAUUUUGCGAAUCCCAUUUUUUAUCUACUCACAGUCGUAUUCCAGAUGGUCGUUAUAUGGUUCGUCUUCCGAUUAAACAAUCACCCCCAAAAAUUGGCUAA